AUGAAAGGGAACAAGAAGGAUUCGGAGAAGGUUAUCUGGGAUCAGCUGAGGAGCCCUUCUCAUGCUAAUUCCAUCUCCGUACCCGGUUCCCCAGCUUGGAUUCUCCCCAAGCUCAUGGUAUGGCUUCUCCUCUUCGUCACCGUCACCUACGUUUUCUACACAUUGAGGCUCGUCUCCACUUCCCAACCCUGCAACGACGACCCCCUCUCCCGCCACCGCUCAUCCCAGCCACAUCACCUCUCCCUCGUCGCCCUCAGCGGCAACGACUCCACCGACGACGGGGCAACGACGACGGGAAUCGCUCUCCCGCGGCGGGAGAUCGAGGAGAGGCCCAAGAAGCAGCCGACGGAUUUGCAGCACGUGGUGUUCGGCAUCGCGGCGUCGGCCAAGCUCUGGGAGCAGAGGAAGGAAUACAUCAAGAUUUGGUACAAGGCCGACAGAAUGAGAGGGGUUGUUUGGCUGGAUCAGAAUCGUGGUGGCGUAGAUGGCAGAGGCCUUCUAUUAAGUUUUAUCUUUAUUAAAAUGUAA